UGCAACAAAAUUCAUGACAUGCAAUUAGUGAGAUUUAAAUCUACUGUCAAUCAACUUUAAGUGUUUUGGAACCAACAGGCUGUUAGUUUCUUGAAAAUAAUGCACAUGGUUUUGAUUUCUGGCUGCAAGUGUAUUGCUAGUACUUGUACCAUGAAUGCACUAAUUCUGAAGAUUGCUGAAAGGUAUACUGAAGCAUAAAAGGCUUGCAUAACAUCAAAACAAUGACCAUUUGUUUACAGAAUAAACUUCAAUUAACUGACCAAGGAUCAAUAGCCCAUCAAGACAAGUCAACUGGUGUACUAUUGGUUGUUGGUUUAUUUAUAUCAAGAGGUCUAGUGYCAUCAAUCUUAUUGCAACCAGAGGAAUCAGGAUUAUGUCCUAAUUCACCCAGUGCUAUAGCAAAGACUAACCUUAAGGUAUUGGCAUCAAUUUUGAUGAAAAUUGUCAGAGAAGUCUCUGUUCCUCCCAAAUCAAAGGCAAUGCCUAUUCCAUCUGAAAUUAGCGAACAAGUAUUCAGUGAUGAUGAAAUGAAAUAUAUCUUCAAGAAACUUGAUGGGAGCCUUAUAUGGAGUAAGGCCGACCUUUCAAGAUGGGCAAGUGGAUUUGUAGACAUGGUAAAUAAAGAGUAGACAGUAGUAUUAAAUAUUUUAUUUUCAUCAAAUUUUUAAUCAAAUUUAAUAUUAAAAAUAUUAAAUUAGUUAACUGUCAGUA